CUUGCCUGCUGACCCUGAUGGUAUACGAUUUAGAUGUAAUGGAUCAGUUUGGGGAGCCACUUCUGGCACAAAAUUGGACAACCCGUGCGCAAACAUCAACGUGGAGUUUGUUUGUAGGAAAGGUGGAACGUGAAAUACGGCGUGCGAGAAUACAGCUUCAAGCUGAUAUGAGUGCAGAUGGAGAGUUGGCAAUAGAGUACAUAACAGUGUUCAAUCCUCUUGUGCUGGAAGAAUUUUGUAUGGUAUUGGAUGAAUUUUACACAACGACAGAGACGACAAGCAGGCCUACCACAAGGACUACAUCGAUUCCGUACACGACUACUAGGCGAACUAGAAGUACCACAACAUCCACAACAACCACUACUCUUCCGUUCACUACUACCACAACUCAAACAACUACUACUUCUCCUGCGACUACUACUAGUACUACUACAACUACGACCACUUCUACAGCAACUGUUACUACCACACCUACUACUACCACACCUACCACUACCACACCUACUACUACUAUCACACCUACUACUACCACACCUACCACCACUACUACUACCACAACAGCUACUACCACACCAACUACUACUACCACAACAACUACUACCACACCUGCUACUACUACCUCAUUCACUACUACUACUACCCCGUCCACUACUACUACCACACCUUCUACUACUACUAUCACAUCUACAACUACCAGUACAUUACCUUCAACCAGUUCAACAAGUCCUAUUACCACUACCACGACGUCUACUACAAUGAUGCCUACUACAACUACAACGAUCACAAUCUGCUACUGUUUCUAA